AUGAACGCACCAGAUAGAUUUGAACUCUUUGUUCUUCCCGAUGAUGCAAAGAAGAUCUCUAUGACCAAAGAUACAAAGAUCCCAAAUGCAUGUAUGUUUACAAUCUUAAAAGAGGAUCAUACACUUGGUAACUUGAUUAGAAUGCAAUUGGUUGGUGACCCAGAUGUAAAGUUUGCAGGCUAUAGAAUGCCACAUCCAUUGGAACACAAUAUCACCAUCAAGAUUCAAACAUUCCCACAAUCUACACCUAUUCAAGCUUUAGAAGGCAGUAUACAUUGUCUUAUCGAUGAAUUUCAAAAGCUUGAAAUUGGUUUCAUCAAUCAAAUGAACAAAAAGAAGAGUACUACCGAUACUUAUAUGAAGAAUUAUAAGAUGUUGCGGUCAUCAUCAACGUCGUCGUCUUAUCUUUUGAUCAAUAGUCUAAAAUACACCACCAAUAGAUCAACAACAUCAUCAAUUUUGACAACACUUAUUGGUGGUCAGCAACAACAACAGGCAUCACUAUCAUUAAUAACAAGACAAUAUAUAACAACUACAGACAUUAGAUCAUCACCUUCUAAAUCUUCUUCUUCAUCAUCAUCACCUACCAGUACUACUACUACCACCACAAGCACAACAUCUAAACCACCAAAACAGCAACACAAAUCAAGAGGAGGAGAAAAAAAGGGAGAAAGAGGAAGACCUAAAACCAAAGUAUCACAAGAUGAUCUAAAGAGUCUCCUAAGGGGACACCAAGAAAAAGUAAAGGAAAAGAAUAAAGAGAAAAAGAAAAAGGAUAGUACUACAAAACAACAACAACAACGAUCAUCAUCGUCAUCAUCAUCCAACAAUAUGAAAACACCCGACAACAUUGGAUACCACCUCGAUUUUCAAAUGACCAGUAGAAUUGGAUUGAAUAUGAAGAGAGACGCAAGUAAUCUUAAAGAUCAAAGUCAUCUAUCUGGUAAUCUUGGUUAUGAUAUAAAGAUACCUACCGAUUUGGUAUCUAGAAAGAUUAUAAAGGAUAGAGAGAUUUCUGAACAAUUAUAUCAAUCUUUAAAUAACAAAAAGUCUCAUCAUCAACAACAACCAUUACCUCAACUACAAUCACAUCAACAACAACAACAACAACAACAACAACCUUCUCAACAAUCUCAACCACCACCACCACCACCACCACCACCACUUUCAAUGGAUGAAUCAAGUUCAAUUGAAGUAAUGGAAUCAUUAUAUGAUUUAGUACCACACAAUUCUAUACCACAUUUGGGAACGGUUGGAUUCAUUGGAACACAGGGAUCUGAUAAAAGUUCGAUUAUAGAAUCUCUAUUGGGUGUGAGGCUUUACGAAAAGAAUAAUCUCAAUAGAAAUAUUGCUGUAUCGUGUAUUAGAACUAGAGGUGAUGUCUACUUUGAAGUGAUCGAAGGUGGUUGGAGAAACUCUGGAAAGCUGUACGACAUUGAACAAGUACGAAAAAAGGUAGCUGAAAUUAAUACAUCUAAAUCCCUUAGCAAUAGAGAUCUAGUGUCUGUCAUCCCUAUUGAAAUAGUAUACGCUGCACCUCAUCUACACAAUAUUAAAUUGGUCGAUUUUGUUCCUCAUUCUCUCGACACUCACCAAAGAGAUAUCUUGUCAAAGGUAAACUCUAGUGUCACAAACUAUCUCUUUCAAACUGAUCCAAUCAAACGAACGAUUGUAUUUUGCACAGAAUCAUUUAGAGGACCUCUCGACUCUGACUAUCAGUCUGUACAUGUAGUAGAUCAUCUCUACUCUAAUACUAUUGGGGUCUUGACAAAGAUGGAUAAACUAUUGUUUGACGAUAGUGAUACAAAUAGUAAUAUAUUGGAUGAAGCUGCCUCUAUGAUUCAAAACAAAAAAUAUCAUUUUAAUAGUGGAUGGGUUGGAUUUUGUUCAAAUUCUGAUCAUCAACAACCACCACCACCACCACAACAGGACUCUAGUGGUGAAAAGGAAACAAGAUUCCCAUUACAAUAUUCAACUACCGAUAGUUUUAAAUUCAAUCUUGAAAAGAUUGAACAAUACAACAAAGAAAUUAAAGAAUCAAUCGAGAUUCAACAUAGUUUAAAGAUUGAAAAGGUCGGACCUAAUUCAAUCUGGAACAAAAUUUUAUAUUUAUAUAUAUUUAGAAAUAGAAACGAAAUUAAUUCAUUGGUUCAAAAUAGUUUAAAAUAUUUACAAAUGAAAUCAACUGUAAUGACAUCAAUGGCCAAUGUUUUAUCAAAAUGGGAAAAGAGAGAAAAAAGUGCACAUUUUAAAUUAUUAACUCAUCCCUCUUCACAAGAAUCAAUUUUAAUUAAAAUAUUUGAUGAAACAUUGAUUGAAGCUUUCAAAUUGGAAGAAAAGGAUAUUCAUGGACAUCAUUUAUUGCCAAAUGUCAAACGAUAUUCGGAAACAAAAUUCACUGAAAAGUAUAAACAACUUCAAGAUUAUCUUGGACACCCAGUUCCAAUCAAAAAGUCUGAUGCCAUUGUAUCACCCAUCAAUUAUAAUCACUAUGUAACAGAGUGGACUAGAUUUUUAGGCUCUCCUGAACUUUCCCAAACAUCUCUGGCCGAUCAUCUGAGACACCAUCUUGAAGACUUGAAACAACAUUGCAAACUUUAUCCAGAUGCAAUUCAACCACCUGCUCCCAAACAACAUAAUACAUCCUCCUCUUCUUCUUCCUCUACUACAACUCACCAACAAUUAUCUAAACAACAAGUAGAAUUUGAAAAUUGGAAUGCAUCUUAUCGAAAGACUGUCAGUAAACUAUUAAAACAAUCAUUUGAACUAAAGAUCCCAACCAUCAUCAACUCUAGUAUCAUGCAAUUGACAGCCCAUCUUCAACCAAUCGAACGAUUCUACCUCAUGAAGACAGGAGAAGCUAUCACCAAAAGUUUGGACACUAAUAUAUUUAAGCAUCAAAUCUACAAGGAACAAACACCCUCCCUUUCAUAUGAAGAGUUUAGAAGUGUAUUACACUACUAUUACCCAUUACAGCCAUCGACCACUCAUAAUCCCUCACCAAACCCUUCAUCGAUCAUGCCAACAUCAUCUGCCGAUCUUCCAAAGGUUAUUUUAUCUCCAUUCUCUGUUGAAUGGACUCAAGUUUAUUUAAGAGGUGUAUCAAUUAAAAUUGCAAAUGAUAUUGUUAAAUGUGCAUUACAUAAUAUUAUUAUACCAACCAUUUUACAAACCAAUCAAUCAAUAUUUCUUCAUGAAAUGGAACCAAUAGAUUCACUAAAAUCAAGUCUUUCAGAAUUGGAAAAAGAAAUUUUACCAAAAGAAGCAUCAGCUUUAAAGAUUGGAUCACUAUGCAAUUUACAAAUAUCAACAUCAUCCUUACAAUCAAAUAUAAACGGAGCAUUAAAUUUAAUAAAUGACCUUGAAGACAAAUCUCGUAGUAAUUAA